AUGGCUGGAAAUACUACUGAAGAAGUAGAGGGUUCCGCGGGCACGGAAACUAAGACCAACAACAAUGCGGAGAUUCCUCCUGAAUUUUUGAUUAAGCACCCAUUGCAAAAUUCUUGGAGCCUUUGGUUUUAUGACAAUGAUAAGAAUAAGACGUGGGAAGAAAAUCAGAUUGAGCUAACCACUUUUGACACAGUUGAAGAUUUUUGGAGGCUCUACCACCACAUCAAAGCCCCAUCUGAGCUACGCCAGGGCCACGACUAUGCUGUAUUUAAGAAGGGGAUCCGUCCCAUGUGGGAGGAUGAUGCUAACAAAAUGGGUGGAAGGUGGCUUGUAAGCCUUGAAAAAAGCAAACGCAACUCUGAUUUAGAUCGGUUUUGGUUAGAUGUUAUCCUUCUAUUGAUUGGUGAAAAUUUUGAAAACCCUGAGGAAAUUUGCGGUGCAGUAGUCAAUGUCAGAGCUAAAAUAGAUAAAAUUGGUGUAUGGACAGCUGAUAUCUCAAAGCAGCAGGCAGUCAUUGAUAUUGGUAGGAAACUGAAAGACCAGCUGGGGAUCCAUGGUAAGAUUGGCUUCCAAAUCCACCGGGACACAAUGGUCAAGCACUCAUCAUCAACCAAGAACCUCUACACUGUCUAG